AUGAAUCCAGAAAUAGAUUCUGAUGAUGACUUUGAAGACCCAAUAUCAACAUUGGAAAAAGUUAACAAAAAUAGAAAAAGAAGGACAGUUGAAGAAAGUUCUGAGGAGGAUGACUUCGUUAAGCCACUCUCGAAAAAGAAGAAAGAUGACAGGAAAUCAAAGAUAGAAACAAAAAAACCUUCAAAAAAGGUGGAACCACCUAGAACAGAAACUAGAGCUUUCUUCGAAUACAACAACAAAGCGAUACUGUUAAGAUGUCAACCUAACUCGUAUAUGGAUACUGUGAGAAAAUUUUCAAAAAAACAGAUUGAUGAGGUGAAGAAUAUGGGAUUUGGAGCUAUUCUUGAUAUGAAUAUCAACCAUAUUUCAACACGAUUGGCAUAUUGGCUAGCAACAAACUUUGACGAGAUGUUCGAUACACUAAACGUAGGUAGACACCAAAUAAACAUUACAUCGGACACAGUUUAUGAGGUAUUUGAAAUACCAAAGGGGCCAAAGCAAGUUGAAAUAAUAGUCAAUAAGAGAAAAGUUAAAAAGGUGGAGAAAAUUGAAAAGAGUAAAGAACCGGGAAAUGUUGUCAGGGAUACAUUCAUCAGCCAAUGGGGGGAAAACACGAGAAUUACCCAUGGCUUAAUUGCAACUGCAAUGGAUGAUCAAAGAGAUUGGGGGAGCCUGUUUAAAUUAAAUUUCCUGGUGUACUGGAUGACGUUUUUUCCGGAGAUUACAAAGGUAACAACUGCAAAUGAUAGAUGUUUGCUUGGUGUAGAGGCUGUUGAGGAAAUACAGAAUCUAGAUUGGUGCUCAUAUCUACUUGACACUUUGCGUUGUACACGAGCGGGCUGGAAGAACUAUAAAAUACAGUUCGUGGGACCUGUUGCCUUUCUUACGCUUCUAUACAUGCAUGAGAAUAACAAGAGGCUUAAACUGUUUGAGAAAGUCGUGGAAAUACUAGUUAUUCGCUAUAUCACAUCUUCGGAGAUUGAUAAAGUCGAAGAGCAUAUUUCAGUUAACGGACCUGUGUGGGCAUCAAGUGAGAGUGAAAAUGAAGAAGAUUAGGGUCGUUCAACGGAGGAGUAUACACUACGACCACCGGUUGACACCACAAUAAGCUUCAAAAGAAGGACUGCACGUGCAGUACAAAACGUAGAAACCGAGGAAGAGCCAAACGAUAACGAGAACUUUGAUGAUAUGAUGGAUUUCAGUUUUGAAAUCCAUGAAAUGUCUUAGUUGAACCUUCAGAAGGGAGUUGGAACACAGACACAGAAAAUGAUGGAUUAUUGCAACACUCCUGUUCAACUUUCACCAUCGGUAAUCUACGACACAGCCCAUGAACGAGAUCGAGAGGCUUCGAAAAUCAA